AUGGAGAAAAAGCUAAAGGAAGAGACGUCGACAGAGAAACUGAGGGUAGAGGUCGCCUUCUCCCCGGUCAGCGGAGGUGGGAACGGCCAUGACGGUCUGUCCUGUCUGUCCAUCAGCUCUGAGGGGAAGACUGAGAUAGCCUCAGAUGUGUCGUCACAUGAACACUACAGGAUGGAGUUGUUUGAGGGAGUUGACUUUGCUGGCCAGUGUGUUGAGGUGUGUGAUGACGUGCCCUUCCUGCAGGGACGUGGUCUGACCAAGAACUGCAUCAACUCUCUGAAGGUCUACGGAGACGGAGCCUGGGUGCUUUAUGAGGAACCUAACUUCCGUGGCCGUAUGUAUAUCGUGGAGAGAGGAGACUACUGUGGUCACAUGGAGUGGCAGUCCCAGAACCCCAACAUCCAGUCCAUCCGCAGGGUUGUCAACUACUUCUAAACCACCAACCCUGACCUCUGACC